UUCGUUCUGACACGACCUAAAUAAGUUUCUCUCGACAUGUUUCGUUGUUUGCAUCCAUUCCUGAUAUUUUGUCUUCUGACAAAACAUGAUUUCUCAUCGGAUGGUCGUCCUGGUAACGAGAUCUCUGCUCCCCGCCUUAUUUUUUGCUUCUAGAGCUCCAUUCGCUGCCGCAACUACUUCUGCUAGAUUCCAAAGAGGUCUCGCUACAAUGGCCGCCGAAGCAUUCACCAAACACGAGGUCAUUCCAGACGUUCUCGCUUCCAACCCACCAUCCAAGGUUGUGUCUGUCAAGUUCAACUCUGGCGUCGAGGCUAAUCUUGGAAACGUUCUCACUCCAACCCAAGUAAAGGAUACUCCAGAAGUAAAAUGGGAUGCUGAGCCAGGAGCACUCUACACUCUCAUCAAGACGGAUCCAGAUGCUCCAUCUCGCAAAGAGCCAACCUACCGAGAGUGGCAUCACUGGCUCGUCGUCAACAUUCCAGGAAACGACAUUGCCAAAGGAGACACUCUUUCCGAGUACAUCGGCGCCGGACCACCACCAAAAACUGGACUCCAUCGUUACGUUUACCUGAUCUACAAGCAAUCUGGACGCAUCGAAGAUGCCGAGCACGGACGUCUAACCAACACUUCCGGAGACAAAAGAGGAGGAUGGAAGGCUGCCGAUUUCGUCGCAAAGCACAAGCUCGGUGCUCCAGUCUUCGGAAAUCUGUUCCAGGCCGAGUACGACGACUACGUGCCAAUUCUCAACAAGCAACUCGGAGCAUGAGUUGUUCUUCUGUAAAAUUGCUAAAUACAAAGUUUGUAAUUUAUAUUGUGAUUUUCUAUCAGCCAGUUUUUUCCUAUCCAAGAAGUAAAUAAAUUUGAUGAAACGAUGAUAAACAAAUCGCA